AUGGUCGGCAAGACCGUGACGUUCGAGGCAACGCGCCCCCUCGUGGUCGAUGCCACCCACACCCUCGCCUCGCCCAUCGUGCUCUCCUCCCUGCGGCAAGAUCUUGCCUCGCUCAACCCCGAAGACAUAGCCGAGCUUGUCAUCCGCAACAACAAGGGCCUGUUCCGCGAUGUCUGCAUCUGGUGCGAGCGCACCGGCAACGAUAUGAUAGCCAGCGAGCAUGCAAACGAUAACCUGGAUGUCCACUGCCUUAUCCAGAAGGGAGAAGGGAUGAGCUUGAGCGGGAGGAGGAAGAUGGUCGUGGUGGUGGGAACCGCCGAGUUGGAGAAGGCGGUGGGCGUGUUGGAGAAGGCACUUGGGGGCGCGGUGAUGGGGAUGGAGGUGCUGAUUUGGUUUGAGGGGAGCGGCGUUCGGAUUGUGAGAGAGGGCUACAGACCGUUAGUUGGGGGCGUGUUUGGGAGGUUAUGGACGAGAGCUGUGGAGGGGUGUUUGAGGAAGAUGGGAAGGCCGUUGCCGAGGGAGGCGAUUAAUAUUUUGGAGGAGCUCGGUGCGAGCUUUUUCGUCUGUGGGCCGUCGUUGGAGAGGUUUGGGGUUAGGGAGGAGGAGUUGAGCGUUAAGAAUUUUGAGCUGGGAUCGAUUGUGAUGUUGGUGGAUAUGCUGGACAAGGCGGACGUGGCUUUGUUUUCCAGCAGUAAAUUCGAGAGACCUUAG